AUUUAGUCUCAAUUUGUCAAUUUAAAGCCACGUUUACUACGCGAUGUUAUUGGACAGCUGACGUUUCGAUGCAUGAAAAACUGGCUUUAGUAUUUUUGCAGAUCGCAUGUCGCGUAUCUCUGUGUUGUAUAUUUUUCGAGCCAUUUUAUUGUAUUUUACCUGUCAUUAGUGCGUAUAUAUUCAAACGUAAUUAUCAUUGUGAGGAAAAUAAACUCGCUAAUACGAAGAAUAUAAAAUAACAAAAACAUUGUAGUAAGAAUUAUAAAAAAAGCGUAGUAUAGGAUAGAUAUCCAUUAAUGAAUACCUAACCUAACCUAACCUAUUUAGCAAUCCUCUUUUUCAAUAGAAAAGUGCGAUUUGGCAUGAUUACAAUUGAUAACGAACGUCGUACACAAUGCAAUGUCGUCUUUAUUAUUAAUGAGAUACUAAUUAAUUCUACAGUUUAACCUUGCAGUGCAUCAUCGGCUAAAGAAUAUAAAAAUUUGAUUUGGAUAUAUAAUGGACAUUGUCUAAGAUCAAUAAGAUAGUUUUUAUUAUCAAAUCAGCAUCACAUAUAAAUAGUAUUGUAUUAUAAAAAAUGAGCGAGACUCCAACAAAUGAUAUACCUGAGAGCAACGGUGCAAUGGAGCAGUCUGCUUACAAUGGCGAGGCAGAAGAGCAUGCUGCUAAGUCUCCAGUAAGUACAGAAGAGAAAGCACCGGAUUCGAUAUGUGAUAAUGGUAUAAAAAGGAAUGCUAUUGCCACUGGCAAUAGUAAUGCACCAAAUAGAACAAAAAAACGCAAGAAGACUCCAAGAGAUGCCACUGCGCCGAAACAACCUUUGAGUGGUUAUUUCCUGUUUUUAAACGACCGGAGAGAGAAAGUUCGAAACGAAAAUCCGAGUUUAACAUUCACAGAGAUUACAAAGCUUCUGGCUUCGGAGUGGAGUAAAUUACCAGGUGAUCAGAAACAGCAAUAUUUGGAUGCAGCUGAACAAGAUAAGGAGCGCUACAAUCGCGAGUUUAACAACUAUAAGCAAACAGAAGCAUAUCGGUUGUUCAAUGAAAAACAAUCAGAGAGACAAAAUGAAAAUAAGAAGGAAAGAAAUGGCACUGAUGUAAACGUUGAGCAGAAUGACAUCCAGCAAGAUAAGGACAAUGAUUUCACAGGCUUUGACAUCCCUAUUUUUACAGAAGAGUUUCUGGAUCACAACAAAGCCUGUGAGGCUGAAUUAAGACAAUUGCGGAAAGCUACGUCCGACUAUGAAUCUCAGAAUGCAGUUCUCCAGCGACACGUCGACAGUCUGCAUGCGGCUGUGAAUCGCUUGGAAUCCGAAACUAAUCAACAACGAACGAACAAUCAAGCUCUACAGCGCAAUUUGGAUUCUCUUCGUUCGCAAUUGGCAGGCUGCUUCGCUACCAUACCGCUUCCAGGCACGCAUGACGGUGCUACAUUACAAAAUAUCGACAAUUACUUCGAGAGGCUGGAAUCGUUAUUGAGCGGUAACGUCGAACAAAGUCUACGUAAUGCUGUACGCAAUGCUGUGUCUCGUCUAGAGUUAAUUGGAUGACAAUCGCCUCCGGGCAGUACGUCAUUGAAACAUCAUCGUUCGAGGCAUUCACAUCGAAAGUAGCAAAAAAAAUUUUGUUUUUAACGGUUUGUAAAUUCCACUUUUUUCUACCUCAUGGUAGGAUCAAUAUGAUUACCAGUUAUUUAAGUGAAUGAUUGCAUAUGUAUCACAGCUGAUAAUUAUUUGAGGUAUUUCUAUAAUAUAUAUGACAAUAAUUUACAGUUUACUUUACUAUAUUUAUACUUUGACGUAAGUUUUAUUUUAAGUAUGAUAUAGCAAUGUAAUUUAAACUUUUUUGCUUCAUAUCUCAAUGAAGCCAUUUGAUGCAAAUCGUUUAUGCGUUUUUGUGUACACUGGAAUAGUUGGAUCUGUUAAAUUCAGAUACCAGUUAAUUAAUAUCUAAUGUGAAAAUCUAGAGGAUUUAAAUCAUUUCAUUAUUUAGAGAUUUAACGCUUAUCAAUAUACUUGUGUAAUCUUCACGAAUUAUCGUCCAUAUUCAGCAUGUGUUUUUUCAGUUGAUUCCAUUUGAAUCUAAAAUUACAAUAGUUUUUUAUCUCCAUCAUGCUACAUAAAGGCAUUAUUAUAUUUUGUUUAGAAACUUAUCAUUAUUCUAACCUCAAGGAUACUGCAUUAGGUCGAUGGAACUGUUCUGCAUGGAGGAUAAUGGCUUCAAUUUGCGGGAACAAAUUGAUUAUAAUACUUUUUUUUAUCGAUAGGACAGAUCGCAUAAACUCAAACGUAAAUUGUGUAUUCAGUGUCAAAUACUUUUGCACUGCAGCAGAAAUGGCGCUCUGGAAUUUAUCUCUGAAAAUAUGACGACUAAUUAUAAAGAUGAUUUGAAAUUUAA